GGAACGCAGGGGAAGGAAUCCCAGCAGGUUUGGUUGCGCGGCAGUGGGGCCUCCAUUUUGUCGAAGUUUGCUCGCCUGCCCCGAGUUUUCCCCCCGCCUGGAGCCGACCGACUCCCCUCCCCGGUAACCGAAAGCGGACGGACCCCGGAGCAGCAGCAGUCGCCGCCGGCGUUGGCGGCGGAUGUACCGGCGUGCGGGGGAGAAGAGGAGGAGGAGGCGACGACCGCCGCUUCGCUGAUCUAUGGCCGCCGCUGUCAACCCAGUUGUAGAAAUGGCUUCAGAGAUUGGAGGACCUCUGGGUGUGUCUGUGGCUGGAAACGCUGGAGCGGGAACGCAACCUCAGGCUGGCGGGGGCAUCAUGUCUCGGGCACCCAAGAGGCGCCCAGGAUUAGAUUUUGAUGAUGACGAUGACGGGGAAGGGAGCAGCAAGUUCCCCAGGUGCGAUGAUGAUCAAGGGCCCAAUGACAAAGAAAGAUUUGCAAGGGAGAACCACAGUGAGAUUGAGCGGCGCCGGCGGAACAAGAUGACGGCAUACAUCACGGAGCUGUCGGACAUGGUGCCCACCUGCAGCGCCCUGGCCCGCAAGCCGGACAAGCUGACCAUCCUGCGCAUGGCCGUGUCCCACAUGAAGUCCCUGAGGGGAACAGGCAACACUUCGGUCGAUGGCACUUACAAACCCUCCUUCCUCACGGACCAGGAACUGAAGCAUCUGAUCCUGGAAGCGGCGGAAGGUUUCCUGUUCGUGGUGGCGUGCGAGACGGGCAAGAUCUACGUGUCGGACUCGGUCACGCCAGUCCUCAACCAGCCGCAGUCAGAGUGGUUCGGCAGCACCCUGUACAGUCAGGUCCACCCCGACGAUGUGGAGAAGCUGCGGGAGCAGCUCUCCACCCAACGAGAAUGGACAGGUCGAAUUUUGGAUCUGAAGACUGGGACCGUGAAGAAGGAAGGGCAGCAGUCCUCCAUGAGAAUGUGCAUGGGCUCACGCCGAUCAUUCAUCUGCAGAGUGAGAUGCGGGAACGCCACUGUGGAUCCAGUGUCCAUGAACAGACUCAGCUUCCUGAGGAAUAGAUAUAGAAAUGGGCUGGGACCUGUGAAGGAAGGAGAUCCUCAGUUUGUAGUCGUGCACUGCACAGGUUACAUAAAGGCUUGGCCUCCGGCAGGUGUGACGUUACCUGACGAUGAACCAGACGGGAGCCAAGGAAACAAGUUCUGUUUGGUGGCUAUCGGCCGACUGCAGGUCACCAGCUCGCCCAGCUGCAUCGACAUGAAGAGUAACAACAUCCCCACUGAGUUCCUGUCCCGGCACAGUGCGAAGGGUAUCUUCACCUUUGUUGACCACCGCUGCUUGGGCACCGUUGGGUACCAGCCCCAGGAGUUGCUGGGGAAGGAUAUCGUGGAAUUUGCCCAUCCCGAGGAUAAGGGACUCCUGCGAGAUAGUUUUCAGCAGGUGGUCACGCUGAAGGGGCAGGUGUUGUCGGUCAUGUUCCGGUUCCAGACCAAGAGCCGGGAGUGGGUGGUGAUCAGGACAAGCUCUUUCACCUUCCAGAACCCGUAUUCCGAUGACAUCGAGUACAUCGUCUGCACCAACACCAACGUCAAGCAUUUGCAGCAGACGCCUGCUCUUGCUGGACAAGAGGAGCUUACGUAUGAUCACUCCCAGGUCAACGUACAGGCUCCAGCUUCAGAUCACGCAAAACCCAUCAGCAAAACAGAGCCACUCUACAGCAGGGAGACGGACACCCGAUACGCUGAAAUCUAUUCUGGCAUUGCCACAGCUGACCAGAACAAGGCAAUUUCGUCUACGCCAGCAGCCGGGAGCCAGCAGAUCUACCAACAGGGGACCUCCUUCCCACAGGCACGUCCAGCGCAGAGCUUCAGCAGCACCGGCAUCACGCCCUCGGUGAAUGUUGUCCAGCAGCCAGCUUCGGCGGGGCAGAUCCUGGCCCAGAUCUCCCGGCAGUCGGCCGGCAGCCAGGUCACGGGGAACGCCUGGAGCGGAAGUCGCCCCCCGUUCCCAGCGCAGCAGAUGGGAACGCAGGGAGCGAAGACGCCGUCACCUCCAUUUGGGAUGGGAGCCGGUCACAACUUCACAGCCAACGCUGCUUCCUUCAGCCCUCUGGCCAGCCCUGUAGCCACGUCCUCGGCUGGAGGUACCGCCUACCCAACGCUCGCCAGUCGCGCCCCUGCUUUCGCUGAGGCCGGUCAGGCGAGUUCGCAGUUCCAGAGCCGACCUGCAGAGGGAGCGUCGGUGUGGCCGCAGUGGCAGGGACAGCAUCAUGCACAGACGCCCGCCGAGCAGCACACACAUCAGGCCCAGAGCCAGCCCGAGGUGUUUCAGGAUAUGCUGUCCAUCUACGAAGAGCAAGGCACCACCUACAACAGCGACGAGUUCUCGGAGCUCCCCAUGUUCCCACCGUUCUCGGAGUAACCCCGAAGCACCGAUGGGGAAAAGUUGGUCUCGUCUGUUUUCUUUUAUUGCUCAGCAC